AUGGCUGCUGAUCCCCCCACCAAGAAGCAGUGUAUGGGCGCCGACUGCGAGAACGACGCCGGAGCGCUACAAUGUCCUACUUGCCUGAAGCUCGGUGUCAAGGACAGCUUCUUCUGUUCUCAGGAGUGCUUCAAGAGAAACUGGGGCAUCCACAAGACAAUGCACAAAUCGCAAAGUAAUCUCCUCCACCAUUUGAAAGCUCCGAAAGCAAUCUCACCAGAUCCAGCUACCGGCUACUAUAACCCGUUUCCCAACUUUCCGUACUCCGGCUCUCUGCGACCCGUUUACCCUCUGUCGCCGCACCGAACCCUCCCUCAGUCGAUUCCUCACCCCGUGUGGUGGCAAGAUGGCAACCCCAGGUACAGCCGCUCCAUCACCAACCGUAACAAGAUGGAAAUCCUCGACAAGGCCGGCCAGGAUGCCAUGCGAAAGAGCUGCAGGCUUGCGCGCGAGGUUCUCGACAUUGCUGCUGCCGCCGCCAAGCCUGGCGUGACGACCGAUUAUAUCGACGAGAUCGUGCACAAGGCUUGUAUUGAGCGAAACUCAUACCCCUCGCCUUUGAACUACAACAACUUUCCCAAGUCGUGCUGUACAUCCGUUAACGAGGUCAUCUGCCACGGUAUUCCUGACCAGCGUGUUCUCCUCGAUGGCGAUAUUCUCAACAUCGAUGUUUCUUUGUACCACGAGGGAUACCAUGCGGACUUGAACGAGACAUAUUACAUCGGAGACAAGGCCAAGGCCGACCCUGACACUGUUCGCGUAGUUGAGACGGCACGAGAAUGUUUGGAGGAGUCAAUCAAGGCUGUGAAGCCCGGUACCUUGAUCCGCGAAUUUGGUAACAUUAUCGAGAAACACGCCAAGCAGAAGAACUGCAGUGUUAUCCGAACCUACUGUGGCCACGGUGUUGGCAAGCUUUUCCACUGCCCUCCCAACGUUCCUCACUACGCCAAGAACAAGACUGUUGGCGAGUGCAAGCCUGGCUUGACCUUUACUAUUGAGCCUAUGAUUGCGCUGGGCAAGUACCGAGAUAUCACUUGGCCCGACAACUGGACCAGCACCACUAUUGAUGGCAAGAUGACGGCCCAGUUCGAACACACUCUUCUUGUCACAGAAGAUGGUGUCGAGAUCCUGACAGCGAGACAGGCAGAUUCUCCUGGUGGUCCCGUGCCGAUGCCUGGCGCCGAGAACGGAGAGGAAAAGGCAUAG